CUAUCGUGCUGGGCCCAAAAUAAAUAAAUCUUAAAAAAAAAAAAAAAAAGAAGACCAUGGUUUGAGCCAACCCUGCAGAGUCAAGAAGGCAGUCACAGGCAUCAUGAGGCCAUGUUCUUGUCUCAUAGCUUGAACUCCUUUAGACAGCUCUCCUGGGACAUUGUCUCCGGGCCCCUUCCCAUCCUGUAUGUGCCCUUGGACUUGAACAGUUGGUUACUCUGUCCUGUGUACUGAGUGCUAACCCACCCGGCAGGUCAUCCUCCGUUGGCAUGCAUUGCCAUGUGCUAUUUCUGCACAGGUACAGGGUAGAUGCUGCUAUCUCACAUUAAGCCUGUCUAGAUCUCGUUUGGAUUCUGACUGUAUUUUUUUAAGAUCUGCCAAUUCUUGAACGGGUCUAACAAACACAUCCAGGCUAGCUUUGACAAAAAAGGGCCAGAUCCCAUUCUGCUUUCUCCUUCCACCUUCCUAGAAACAUAUUGCUCCUAUAUGGAUUGCUGGACACUGCUCUCUACAACGUUUCACCCCACCCCCUUCCCUAUCUUGCCCUGACAGGGAAGUUGUUGGGGGCCGACCUCAGCCGCUAUCACUUCUUACCUUUGCAGAGUGUUCUGGGAUUCUGACAUGGCCUUGUUGCUCCUGGGAACACUCUGUGCCUGGGCAGGCAUGGAAAACUGGGCUGUGUGGGCGGGAAGGCAGGCUCUGAGGAGCCCGGGGGUGGGACCCUCUGGUCUUCCGGCAACCUCAGUCUGGCUGGAGUCCUCAACUCAAGGGCCGGAUUCUUUCAGCAGCCAGUGAUGUUCUCUGGAACCUCCCAGCUCUUGGACCCUGAUGGGACUGCGUUUCGGCUCCGCUUCUCGACCUUCCUCUGGUGGGUCAUCACUUUCCCCAUGUUCGGCUUCUUCUUCUGCAUCAUCUGGUCCCUGGUGUUCCACUUUGAGUACACGGUGGCCACUGACUGUGGGGUGCCCAAUUACCUGCCAUCAGUGAGCUCGGCCAUCGGCGGGGAGGUGCCCCAGCGCUACGUGUGGCGCUUCUGCAUCGGCCUACACUCAGCACCCCGCUUCCUGGUGGCCUUCGUCUACUGGAACCACUACCUCAGCUGCGCCUCCCCGUGCCCCGGCUACCGCCCACUCUGCCGCCUCAACUUUGGCCUCAACGUCGUGGAGAACCUCGCACUGCUUGUGCUCACCUAUGUCUCCUCCUCCGAAGACUUCACUGUCCAUGAGAAUGCUUUCAUUGUGUUCAUCGCGGCUUCCCUCGGUCACAUGCUGCUCACCUGCAUUCUCUGGCGGCUGACCAAGAAGCACACAGUAAGUCAGGAGGAGCGCAAGUCCUACAGCUGGAAGCAGCGGCUCUUCAUCAUCAACUUUGUCUCCUUCUUCUCGGCCCUGGCGGUCUACUUUCGGCACAACAUGUACUGUGAGGCUGGAGUGUACACCAUCUUUGCUAUCCUGGAGUACACUGUUGUCCUAACCAACAUGGCGUUCCACAUGACAGCUUGGUGGGACUUUGGGAACAAGGAGCUGCUCAUCACCUCCCAGCCAGAGGAAAAGCGAUUCUGAACCCUUCCAUCCUGCAGUGACGGAGACUGGAGAUGGUCUGCAGUGCCCAGAAACAAAAUAGCACCCUAGCCUUCCUCCCCUCCCCCACUGUGUCCCAGAGGGGAGAAGGGCAUAGGACAAGACUGACCCUGGGGCUGCCAGCUUCUUCCUGUCUGGGAAGAGGCAGCCUGCAAGUGACGCAGUCCUUACUGGAAAGGUCUCAUGAAGCUCAGCUGGCAGCAGAGCUCCAUUACUUGGUGCUAAAAAAACAAAUGUCCUGAGGUUCACAAGCACCAUCCGGUCCUUAGCCUUUACAUAGCUACCUUCUGCUGAGGUUGGGGAACACACAGAAGUGGCUACCACACAUAACCCACAACCACUUCUCACCACAGAGCAGUCCACAUGACUAACCUGUCUGAUGAGCUACUAUGGACAUUCAGGCCUAUCGCUACAGUGCCCUGCCAAAGGCACCAUGGGUGGGGUUGGGGAGGGGGUUCCUGUCCUGGCCCCACUUCUUUGAUUUGCUGUGUGCCCUAGGGUGUAUACCCACAUGUUCCUCCCUGUCCAAGCCUCAGUGUGUCCAAAUUGGGAUGGCGGUUGGGGGAAGAGGGGGUUGUGUGCUGUGGAAUUUCCAAGGGCCCUGCCAGCAAGGCUCUGGUACCCGAUGGAGGGUCUGCACCUGUCCCAGGAGCAGCAUCAGCAUGGUAUGCGUUUCCCAAGCCUUAUGAAAUCUCUACCCUACAAGACCCUCCCUCCUUUGCAAUGGUAUGGAGUAGAGAAACAGAUCUCCACCCUACAAGAGGCUCCCUAGGGCCUCCUGAGAGCUUUGCCUUGUAUAUUUUGUUUCAAAGGAAAAUAAAUUUUUCUUUUGGUUCACA